AUGUCGCAUCAUCCUUCAUAUACAAUGGCGGUUAUAUGUACACUUGGAGGCAUUAGCGCUUACGCUAAAGCACGUUCAAUGCCUUCGAUAAUGGCAGGAGUUGGCGUUGGAAUCUUAUACGGAAUUGCAGGAUAUGUUAUUAAGGAGAAUAAAGAUUAUGGGCACGAAACGGCUUUAGCUGCAUCCACUAUAUUAGCAGGUAGCAUGAUUCCUCGUGCUAUAAAGACUAAAAGACCUGUGCCCUUAUCAUUAGGUGUAUUAUCAGUUGGGGUUGGAGUCUACUAUGCAAAAAAGAUUUAUGAAUAUAGAGUUGGUGUAUAA